CCUGUUGAGGUCAGAGGAGGCGGGCAUCGCGUCCAAACCCAGCGCCUGCGCGUGCUGGAGGCAAUCGGCUGCGGAGACCGAGCGUGCGGCCUGGGUUAGCCGGAUUCCGUGACACCACCUGUGCCACGCGCCACCACGGCCUGCCUGGCAUGGAGGGCGAGUGCCGGGUGCUCUCCAUCCAGAGCCAUGUUGUCCGCGGUUACGUGGGCAAUCGGGCGGCCAUGUUCCCGCUGCAGGUUUUGGGAUUUGAAGUUGAUGCCGUGAACUCCGUGCAGUUUUCAAACCACACAGGCUAUACCCAUUGGAAGGGCCAAGUGCUGAGUUCGCAGGAGCUCCAUGAACUGUAUGAAGGUCUCAAGAUAAACAGCGUGAAUAAGUACGACUAUGUGCUCACUGGUUACACGAGGGACAAGUCCUUCCUGGCCAUGGUGGUGGACAUCGUGCGGGAGCUGAAGCAGCAGAACUCCAAGCUCGUGUACGUGUGCGAUCCUGUGAUGGGGGACAAGUGGAACGGCGAAGGCUCCAUGUACGUUCCCCAGGACCUCCUUCCCGUGUACAGGGACAAAGUGGUGCCCGUGGCAGACAUCAUCACUCCCAACCAGUUUGAGGCUGAGUUGCUGAGUGGCAGAAAAAUCCACAGCGAGGAAGAAGCACUGGAGGUGAUGGACAUGCUACACUGCAUGGGUCCGGACACAGUGGUCAUCACCAGCUCUGACCUGCCCUCCCCACAAGGCAGUGACUACCUGAUCGCACUGGGCAGCCAGAGGAUGCGGAAGCCUGAUGGCUCCACGGUGACUCAGCGCAUCCGGAUGGAGAUGCGCAAGGUGGAUGCCGUCUUCGUGGGCACUGGGGACCUGUUUGCUGCCAUGCUUCUGGCGUGGACACACAAGCACCCGGACAAUCUGAAGGUGGCCUGUGAGAAAACUGUGUCUGCCAUGCAACACGUGCUGCAGAGGACCAUCCGGUGUGCAAAAGCUCAAGCAGGAGCAGGACAGAAGCCCAGCCCAGCCCAGCUGGAGCUGAGGAUGGUCCAGAGCAAAAAGGACAUCGAGGACCCCGAGAUCGUCGUGCAGGCCACGGUGCUGUGAUGGUCGUGUACUCACCCCGACACACUGUGUACUGGGGUCUCCGUUUCCAUCCCCCUGAAAGCUGUAACGUCUGCCUUAGAGCCAUGACUGAAACUUGAUAUUUUGUUUCCCCCUGAGGGUCGGGUCUCAGCCGGUCUCAAUCCUGAAAAUGUGCCAUCAUUUUUAAAAAAAAAAUAAUAAUAACAAAGCAGUCACAGAAAUGUGAUUCAGAAACAUGGCCCCUUCCUCCCCAAGGCCGCCUGACUGCCUCAUGUUUCCUCACAGGGAUGUGGAAGGUGGAACAGGCAAGCCUGCUGCCUGUGGACCUUUCUGUUGGCCACUGGCUGCCACUACCCCCAGAACCUGGACUGAGCUGAGAAGAGGCCUGUGGUGGCACUGUUCUUAAAAUUGGGUUAGGUCUUGGCAUCUGGAAGAAUUAUGCCAAAUAUCUUCAUUGCCAUCUGGUCUUACCCUUGUUCCUGCAUUAGAGUUUCUGUGUGUGUCUCUGCCGUUCUUGGUGUCUCCGAGGAUGUCGGACUUAUGCAGCUGUUGGACUGUGUGGGCAGGUUCCAUUUUCUCAUGCUUGGGUAUGCACGCAAGCAUGUAGUCACUGUGACAGGGACCUUUUAAGGGCCCCAAACAUUCUGAGGACCCUGCAAGCCUUCUGGGUGUCAGCAGGAGUUCCUGUAACUUGGGACCAACUUCUGGGAAACUGACCAACAUAGGCGUCAGCUGUUGAGCCUACGGUGGCUUGGGAAGUUCAGGAAAGGUUGCCACACUGGGCUCCUGUGGGAACUCAGUCAGCCCUGCAGCACUGCUGGUUGGCACUGCACUUGCCACAUGCUGCUGGGCACAGUGCAUUGCUGUUUGGAUAGACGGGAAAGGAGAGGCAGAGGAGGCACCUGCCCCAUGGUGACAUAUUUUACUGCUGUUUCCUCCCCCGAUUUCUGUGCCCAUCACAUGCUGAGGGAUGGGAGGCCCUUAUGUGAAAUCAGCUAACUCUCUGCCUCCUUGGAAGCUCUUCUCCUAUAGAGAGCAUACUGGCACUGUGGGGGCAGGGGCAGUCCUUAGACUCCUGCAGGUGACUGUGACAUGUUCCAUUUUCAUUGCUCAAGUGUGGCUUUCCUGGCUAUCCAUCCUGGAAUUUGGGGUCCCUAAGUCAUAACUGUGAGUGGGGCUCUUAUUUAUGUCUCAUUUCAGCUCCCACACUCAUUUCCCUGUCCCUCAGUUUGUGACAUUUGCCUCUUCUGAGAAGCCACUGCCUAAGGAGAAAUAGGAGACUGGAAGAGGUGAGGGCUAUGAUGUGGCCCCCAUGUUGGCAUAGGUUCCCCGGGGUGCCUUGCUGCAGCCCAUCGGGGGGCCCCUGAGAGCCACAGCCACCUUAACAUAGUCCAGUGUUCCCCUUCCCUUGUUAGAAUGCCCUAGAUGCAGGAGACACUGGUCCACAUGGGCGUGCACUAGUCUGCCUCUGCUUCCUUCCCAGCCCACAUCCUGAGAGCCUCAUCUUUCUGGUCACAGCUGCAGGAUGGUUCAGCAGGUAAGGCUGCCUGUUGUCCUGCCUGACAGCCUUAGUGUUACACACUAAGGAAGCAGAGGUCUCGUUCCUGUGAAUUGUUCUCUCUCUUACACACACGUGCACACACACACGAUAAAUGUCAUUUUAAAAAUUACUUUAUAAGUAUCUAAGCCAGGUUUAUCUAGCUCUCUGGCAUGUGUUUCCUGGUCCCAGUGUCAGCCUCUUAACCCUAAAUUUUGCUGACCAGAAAGAGGAGACCCAUGGCUAGCAGUCUGGAGUGACAACCACAUUCCCCUGAGUCACAGGAAAAGCCCAUCACUGCCUCACAGAGAGCAAGGAGCACCACUUUGCCAGCAAUGAGGAAAUCUUCCUUUUUCCUCUCAGAAUGUUGAGAAUGGAUGGAAGAUUUGGCCCAGUGGGUAGUGUACUUGCCAUGCAUACAGGAAGAACCUGAGUUCAGUUCCCAGCACCUGAGUGUGGCCGUGCAGUGUGCCCUGGAGACCUAAGAACUAGGGAAGUGGGAACAUGAAGACCCCUGGGGCUCUCUUGCCAGCCGAUCUUUUCACCUGGUAAGCUCCAGUUUCAGUAAGGAGAGACCCUGCCUCAAAACAAGAAAUGGAGAGCAGUAGACCCCAGAUGUUGACCUCUGGCUUCACACACACGCACACAAUAAAGGGUAAGAGCUGGCAUAGGCAGUACUGGGUGUAGUCAUUUUAUGUGUGUGGGGGGGUCUUCAUGACCACCCUCUGCAACCACACCAGGAAAGCCUUGGCUCUUGACCGUAGCCCAGAGCUAAUGGUCUAGGGAAGACCCUUUCUUGCUUACACAGCGGGGUGAGCACUCUCUCCUCACAAGAACUUUCUCUCAAAUUCUGAAUUUAGCUGUGGUCUGAAUUGUCCUUUGUGAUUUGGAGCCCAGGGAACAGGAGCAGAGGAUGUGACCCAGGCUUGUCACUAAGAAGAAACAAUAAGUGUUUUGAGUAAAGAAACAUCUGCAGCCUGCGUGCCGGCUCUGGUCCCUUCGUAUCCAGAUCAGAAUUGGCUUUUACUUUCCCUUCCCAUAGUUUAGUUAUGAAAUGAUGUAUUUGGAAAUGAAGUGUUGUCCUCUUCUCAUUGGGAGAGCCCAGUGUUCAAAGCCGCUAGAGUCUUCAGUGGGCGUGGCCAGGCCUGGCUUCACUGUGCUUAUGUGGGGUAUUGGAAGGAGGGGACUAUGUACCCUGUAGGCUAGCCAAGUUCCCGGUAUGAUGUCACCACCCUCAUCUGGAAUAAGAGACUAGCACUGGGUGUUAGAGACCAGGCCCUGUCAUGUCCUUGCUUGGGAAGGCAGGGCCCUCCUGAAGGAGGCAGGUAGGCCGUUGUAGCCCUGGGGCCCUUUGCUGUGCCCCUGGGCAGCUCCUGAACACAGUGUCCUGUUCCCAUUGUUGCAAACCUUCCAUUGUCUGUAGCCUAAAAGUAUAGGAAAAGAAGUGAAUGUAUUUUGUUAUUCAUUGCUUCCAUCCUGCCCUCUGAGGACAUAUCUGGUCUAGAGUUACACAGUUCUCAGGUGCCCUGUGACCCUGGAAGACCACUGCUUGUUCUGACCCUUUCCGUGCACUUUUCUUUGGGGUCAAGGUAUCUACCUUGGCCCAGACAGGGGACAGGCAAGGACACAGAUUUGGCGGUGGCAUCCAGAUUCCACGUGCCCUCCAGAGGGUGCUGCAGCCCAGAGACCCCUUUCAGUGCUGUCCCUCUGCCACUUGGGUGUUUGUCUCCUGACCAUCCAUGUAGAUACCUGCAGUGGGAGUCCCUGGGAAGCCGGGUCUGUCUGAGUGACAGAUGUCUGGUGACCCUCCAGAGGAUACUUCGGAAAGGUGUCCCCUGAGGGGCAGUUAUGGGAGGCCAGGUUCACUGUAAGGUUCUUCAUAGAACUGUGGGCUCUGUAGGGAAGGCUUGAACCUGUUCCAGCAGUCUGGGUGGAUGCUGCUGCCAAAGGGCCUUGAAUGAUGGAGGAGCGCCCUGGAGCGGAGGCACAUCUGGACAUGUGUGUGCCAGUCCAUUCCUUUCCCGUACUUCCUGUGACAGCUUCAGAUGGCAUUUGCAGGUGCCAAGCAUGUGGAAUCAGUGUAGGGAGAGUUCUGCCUCCUGUUGCACACUUUCAGCCUCUACCAGUAGGGGGCGCAGUGGGGCAGAGUGGUGUCAGCUGCCCAGGCAGAUGCUGUACCAGCAGGUUAAACAGCAGUAGAUCUUUGUGUUAGGAUCCAGACUUUGUUGCUGUAUGAUGACACCUCGAGUAAAUAGGAGCUCACUGUGUCCCCAGUUCUUGCUUGACAUUCCAGGCAGCCAUGGCUUGAUCAGCAUGGCCUGACUUAACAGUUCCUAAAUUUGGGAUUAUUUUGAAAUGUGUGUGUCUCUUUGUUGACUCUGGUUUAUUCUUAUUGCAGACAUUUUCUGUGCAAAAAUUAAUUUAAAAUAAUGUUAUAUGCUGUAUUCUCCUUUCAUUGCACCCUAGUGUGUUUAUUUGCUUAAAACAAGAAUUUAAUGAGAAACUUUAAAUUGAACCAUAUUUAGUUUUUAAUUUUUCCUGGCAUGGUGGUAUACACCUGAAAUCUGCUACUCUAGAGGUUGAGGUAGGAGGAUAGCUAUGUAUUAAGACAGUAUCUGGAAACUGGUUAUUCUUGGAUUUUUUUAAAUUUCUGGUAGAAUAAACACUAUUUAAAGACUUCCUCACUAUGUGAGUCAGUCAGGAGCAUGUCCUCAGAGCAGGGGUCUUCAUCUGUCUUACCCACCCUGACUGGAGCUGAGACCCUGAAACACCCACUCCAGGGUGGUGAUGGUGAGCUGAGCUUCCCCAUGCUGGCAUCUCCUCUUUUCUUCCCCCAGCUUACUGUGGGCAGUUCCUGGUCUUUCUGAGACAGGAUACACAUUCCAGGUGGAAAAGGUCUCCCUAGAAGCCAUGGCCCCACCCUGCCCCUGCCAGCUCUUAAAUAGCUAGCUAGGGUUUCCUCUGCCUUGCAGCUGUAGGUGGGGGGAAAUAGACGAGGAGAGCCUGCCACUCAGACUUCAAUGCUUGGAAGCUCCCAGAAGGCCUUGGGGUGGAACCGUGACCCUGCCUCACUGCCCAUCCUAUAGAGCCAGCAGACCCCAUCAGGGCAGGCUGAGAUGCUGUGUAAGACCAUAGCCGUAUUUCAGUGCCUGCCUUGCAGGGCUACACAGUCCCCCACGAAGACAAGCGGAGGAGCCUUUAUCCUUAGUGUGACCUGGACUGGUACCAUGGAAGUCUCUGAGCUACAGUCUCACCUAGGACCUGGUUUGUGACUGAGAUGAGAAGGGUUUGCUCUGGGGGUGACAGAACAAAUAGAAGACCCACAGGCUUAGCACUUCCUUCUAGUAUCCCACAGAGCAGGAAGGCAGAAGCCAAAUUCCCUGAACGCUCAGACCUGAUUGGUUCCCACAGAACACCUAAGAUCAUUUCUGGGUGGUGGGCGGUAUGAUGUCAGUGCUUUUGGAGAUGGUGGUGGAUUCUGAAUGAUCGUAGCUCUUGAAGGAUGAGGCAGGGGUGACAUCCUGAAUGCUCUUAGCUUCAUAGCUGCCUAAUUCCUGAUCCAGACCUUGUCAGAAUUUCUCCCAUGUGUUGCAAACCUGGACCAAUCAGAAGACGGGCUGUUCUGGGGCCGGCCCAACCCUAUUAUUCCUCCCCAGAGACCACGACCUUUUGGAAGCUCCUAGCCUUUAGAGCAAAGCACAGCUGGCCCACAGUCCCUGCUGCGCAGGAGGGGCGCGCUCUGGGCUCAGGUGGUCUCUGGCCCAAGUCUCUCAGCCCCAUGUACUGUCCCCUGUCAGUGUGUUUGUAGACUUGAGCACCUGUCUGUUUCGUGCUGGUCUGUUGACUUCUAUGAUUAUCCACAAAUAAAUAUUUUCAUUGCA